AGACAGAAGAGGGGGAAGACAGAGGAGGAGGAGGGGGAGCUAAAGAGGAGGGGAGGGGACGAGACAAGCAAGGGAGGACCAGAGCGAGGAGAGAGAGAGGCAGAUACGGAGGUCCACAGACAGCGGCGUGCAGAGCGCAGACUGGCCAUUGACGCUGCAGUUGGAUUGAACACACAUGCACAGACACACACACACACACACCCCUGAGGAGUGUAUGAGACAUGCCCAGGCUGCUUUCCAUGGACACACACACACUGGCAAGGCACCAGAGAGGAAAUACAGCACAUCCCAGAGCCUGAGGAGUCAUGGAGAGCAGCAUGUUUUUUGGUAACACAUGUCAAAAUGGCCUCAUGCCCACCCUGGUGCGUCCCACCCUGCCUGGCAUCCAGACCUCACUGGGCAUGAAGCAGUUUUUCCCGUUUCCAUUGGAUACGGCCGCAGCGAUCAGCCUCUUCCAAGGAUUCAAUGCGAUGGACCCUGUGCAGAAAGCUGUCCUCCAUCACACCCUCGGCCUCCCUCCCACCGCAAAGAGAAGGCACGUCUCCUGCAGCGUUUGCCAGCUAAGGUUCAACUCACAGAGCCAAGCCUUGGCCCACUACAAGGGCACAAAACAUGCCAAGAAGCUAAAAGCCCUGGAUUCUCCGAAGAGUAAGCUCAAAGGCUCAGUGGUCACCAAGGAAACCACCAACCAAGAGAUCGCCAAGGGCAUCAACACCUCGCAGGUUCCCAUCGGCACCGACAGGAAAGAUGUUGUUCCUGGAGCAAUGCCCCUGCCGCUUUCUCCGGUGCUCCGACCGGCGCUACCCUUGGUAUCCUUGACGACUCUCACAAUGCCAACGCCGGCCCCCGUGGCCUCACCCAUAGACCCGAGCAUUAUGGCAGCCCCCGAGACUACCUCAGCUGCUGGAGGGGACUCAACAUUAAACUCACCCUCAGAACCAGACCUGGAGCCUGAGGCCGAACCCGAGGUCGAGACGGAUGCUGAAACAGAAGAGGAGAAAGCUCGUCGUCUGCUGUACUGCUCGCUGUGCAAAGUGGCGGUCAACUCGGCGUCACAGCUAGACGCUCACAACAGCGGUACGAAGCACAAGACGAUGCUCGAGGCCAGGACCGGCGUGGGCUCCAUCAAGUCUUUCCCUCGGCCGGGAGUCAAAAGCAAACUGGCUCCAGUCGUCAAGUCAUUAACGGGCCUGCAGAACAAAACGUUUCACUGUGAGACGUGUGAUGUGCAUGUAAACUCAGAGACUCAGCUAAAACAGCACAUCAGCAGCCGUCGUCAUAAAGACAGAGCAGCAGGUAAACCAGCCAAACCGAAAUACAGCCCGUACAGCAAACCGCCGAAAGGACAGACGAACCAGCCGGUGAAGCUGUCCCUGGGGAAGGAGCGCCUGUGUCCUCUGAACACACAGAUCAUACCGGCUCACCUAGCGGCAGUGGCGGCCGCCAUCAGCAACUCUUUCACGCACCGCACUAAUCACAUUACUAACCACGCCUCGACCCCUAACCUCUUCCAGACUCAGACCCUCACCGCUGCACUGCUCCGCCCGGCCCCUGGCCCUGUCAGGACCUCCCACCCACAACUCCUCUUUGCCCCUUAUUGACCUGUUUGACCCCGGGGGGGGGGGGGGGGAUCUGCACCGCCUCCUGUUAAGGACCAAAACAUGUGCUACACCAGGACCAGGCCAAGGAGUCGUGUCAGCAUCUGCACUCCUUCUAUGCAUCCGGAAACAUUUUUUCCCACCUCUCCUCACAUGGAUUAUCCCACAUUUAAAGCUAAACCAGGCGAAGCAAUGGGCGUUCUCAUGAUGGAUUAAUUUCUCUGAUCCCACUGAAGAGAUGGGCUACAAUAUACAUGCUUUCUGUGCCAACCUGCAGCCCACGGAUCACACCCGGACCCCUUACCUGGUUCUACAUUGUACCGCAAUAAUGUAUAAGACUAACCCCGUGAACUAUGCAGUGUCUUUAUUUCAUGAUGCAAGGCACAGUUUGAGCUACAAAUAGGGAAGGGAUAUGCUUUUUGUAAAGAUACAGCGUGGCACUAAGAUCAUGCUUUAGUGGAGGAUUACUGUCGCUCGUAAUUUAAAAGGCUGUAACUGAUAAAAGAGUGAGUAAGGCCCUCCUCAGUUCCUGUAUGCACUUUAAGCCCCUCCUCUGUUGAUGUCUACAUUAGAUGGCUAGACUGUGUUAGAUUGUUAGAGUAUGUGUCGUGAUGUGUGUUUUUGUAUCUGUAUAUGUGUAUGUGUGUACAAGUGCGUGCUCGUGCAUGUGUGCUUGUCCAUGUGAAUACGAUUGUGUGUAAUUGAAUGUGUGUGUGUGUGUGUGUGUGUGU